AUGUCACGACGUGAAUUUUUCAUGUUGGCUUUUAUCUUGUACGUUUCGGUUGUUCAGUUGACUGCUACUCAAAUUCAUUUCGACGAAGAUAAUGACAGUGAUGAUGAUGAUGAUGAUAAUAAAUAUCGUCUAGUAAAACGUGUUUUUUUUCAUAAACAUGCAACGGCUUCAACUGACCGAACACCAAGUGUUCUUGAUAAUCUUAUUCGUCCUUCAUCAACUUUCUCACCAACUGGGAAACCAAUAAGUGGAACUCAAAGAAGUACAUCGUUACCUUCAUUUUUAUCAUCAAAUCCAUGUGAAUUAAAUCCUUGUGAAAAUGGAGGCAUCUGUAUUCCGAAAGGACAAAUGACUUAUGAAUGUAAAUGUAUAGGUUCAUGGCGAGGAAUGCAUUGUGGUAUUGCUGACGCAUGUUACAGAUCGCCAUGUAAAAAUGGCGGUACAUGUCUUAAUGUACAGGAUGAUUAUUGGUGCAAAUGUACGAGUGGUUACUACGGAACUAAUUGUCAAAAAAAAUUUACUAGUUCAAGUUAUUCGGAAAAUUAUUGCCGACCAAAUAUCUGUCAUACAGGUCAAUGUAUUUCUCUUCAAACAACUUAUUAUUGUGAAUGUCCUCAUGACCGCUACGGUGAACAUUGUGAAAAACGAUUGUUCAAACGAGAACUUUUUGAUAUGCAAUUAUAUCAAAAUUUAAUACAACAACUUAAACGAAGCAUGCUCAAACAUGAAACGAGAAAAACACAACAUGGUAACGGUGAUGAGGUGGCAUAUUAUGACGCCAAGAAUGGAAUUUAUUUCUAA